UUCACUCUUUCUUCCUUGUCUCUCUCAUCUCUCUCUGGCGAUUACUCUCUGAAGUACUGUUAAGCUGUGGGUUACAUCUCUCUACUCUUAAGCUGUCGUCGCAAUGAUUCUUGAAUGGGUCGCGCUGAUUGCUAGUGUCAUAGGAGUGAUGGCCGGGAGAAGGGCUGUGAAUGCAAGGGGGGGUUCUCGUGGUGGGCGGGGAAAUGUAGGUUUGGAAGGCAGGGGUGCUGGUAGUGGCCGAGGAAGUGGUGGUCAGGUUGGCCCAGAAUGUUUAGAGGGUCGGGGCACAAGUGAUACUAGACGAGGCCAUGGUGGCCAGGGAGACACAGAUGGGACUGGUGGUGGAGGGAGUGGAACUGGUGAUCAGGGCAUUGGUGGCCAGAGAGACAAAAAUGGUGCUGAUGGCCGGGGGAGUGGUAGUGGUGUUCGAGGAAGUGGGGGUGAGGGAGAUACAGAGUGUAGUGGAACCCGAGGUAGUGGCAGUGGUGAUAGAGGAGACACUGACAGAAGUGUUAUUGGGGAGCAUAUUACUGGUGCUAGUGAUGAAGCGGAGUGUACUGGUGCUAGAGAUAAAACUAGUAAAAGACGCAAACGUAGGGUUAGAGAUAGAGACGGAGAAAAUUCUGAAUGUGUUCACUGGGAUGAUGAAGGGAGGCGGAUUGUACCACUUGGGAAAGAAGCUGAUCCCCGUAGCCAUAGGACACGUGGCUAUUCUCCUGGUGGAUUUGGAACAUACCCUGCAAAACCUACAGUAGUUCGCAUCAAGGGUAACCAGAUAGAUUGUUCAAAGGCGUUGCGCAAUAUAUUGGCAAUUACACGUGUGUUUUGGCCAGAUGGUUGUGUAGGCACGAGAGAUAUCGAUAAGAAAUCUCCGGAAUUCUGGCAUACAUGUACAGAGGAGUUCUUGCGCUACUACACAUGGGAUCCAAAAGUGUCCACUGAGCAGGAGGCAAGGGCUUCUAUAUGCGGACACAUGCGCAAUAACUUGCGUCAUACAGUUGCUGAUGAUAAGGAAAGAGCUGAUGAGUGGAUUUCUACUCAUGGAGGGACUUAUGCAAAUUAUAGGCCUCCUUAUGUGAAACCCGGUGUCUGGUCCAGAUUAUGCGAGUACUGGGUUAGUGAUGAAUUCAAAAAAAGGUCAGAUGCUGGCAAGGCUGCUCGGAAAAAGGUGAAAGCACCUCACACCUCAGGCGCGCGUUCUUUUGACCGUCGUGCACGGGAUUAUAUGAAAAAACAUGAUGGCAAGCUGGAUAAAACUGAAGUCUACAAGGACUGUCACACAUAUAAAAAUAAGGAAAAGAAGGGGAAGUGGAUUACAAAGGAAGCAAAAAAUAUUAUUGAACGCUAUAAAGAGAUAUGUUUGAAGAAUGGUAUUGAUCCUAAGAACACCCAUCUCCAGAUUUGGGUAAAGGCAGUGGGAGGUGUUAAGAAGAACAGGAUUCCUGGUCAUCCGCGGCUCCGUGCCUCUGAUAUUUAUGGGCCUGAUGAGGAAGGUGUCCCACCGCCUCGAAAAGGGGAGGGAAAUUCUGGCAGUUCUUCUUUGAACCGUCUUCAAGAUGACUUGUUCCUGCGAGUUGUAGAUGAAACCCUCACCCAGGCCCGAGCCAAUCCAGAGGAAUACUCUCUCACACCAGAGCAGAUUCGCCUAUUAGCGCAUAAUAUGGUGGAAGGGUACACUUCACUUCCUGCUGACCAUCCAACUGUGAAAGAGACACGACAUGCAAUCAUCCGAGUUGCAGUUGAUGUGCUCAACAAUCUAUACAAGAAUGAUCAACCUGGAGCUGAUAAGGACAAGACUGAUCAACCUGGAGCUGAUAAGGGCAAGGCUAUUGACAUUGGGGAUGGUGCUGAUGUUGAUCAAAACGGGAGGGAUGAUGAGAGCACCGACUCCGAAGACCGUGACAUGAAUCAUCCCUAUAUUGUUGUGCCUAGGGGUGGUCCAGUUAUUAAGGGAUAAUAAUAUUUAGUUUUAUAAAUGUAACUUGACUUCGUAUGGAUGUUUGUAUGAUGUUCUACUUUUGGUACAAAUAUUUAUU